UUUCUUCUCCGUCACUCCGUCUGCCAGUCUCUUUACUUCAGUGCAAUAAAUUCUAUGCAGCUACAGCUUCUCACUAGACAGCAGCAAAAUCAAAUAAAAGAAAAAAAAAUAGAAUUUCUUGUUGCCUUCGCUGUGCAUUAAUUCAAUAAUUUUACAACACAAAAUACUGACAAAGUUUCUCACACAAAAAACUGCCAAAAAAUGAAUACUCGCGAACGUAUUCACAAUCUCGAAUUAAUCUAUCAAGUUUGUUGUGCUGAAAUGAAAAAACUCCAAACGACAAUAACAAAAUUUCUCGACGAAUCUUCCACAACUCUUCAACUUGUUCGUAGUCAAUUGGAAUUGGAUAAAGAUGAUGAUAAAACAAUGAAUGUUUAUUCACUAAUUGCUUACGAUGAAUACCUCACAAAAUUAUCAACUACAACCGAAAUGACUCGUAAAUUUAAUUUACAUUUGUAUUUUCAAGAAAAACAACAACAAAACCUCGAUAUAGUAGAAAACGUAUGUAGCCAAGUCAACGCCCUCAGUUUCACGUGUGACAAUGAAGACGAAUCAUUGUCAGCGAAUGCAAAUGAAGUGCAAUUAAUUGCACCUGAUUCUGGUAACGAUUUAGAACCAGAAGACCGACAACCAUUGUUUUUAUAUGAAAAAGCAAGUAUUGAUCAUUUUGUUAUUGAUUCUGUAAUCGAUGCUUGUGUUGUUUAUGUCGAUCGACAAUCGUUGUCAUUGAAUUUCUCGAUUUGUGAAAUUAGUAAUCCUUUAAUUACGGCCUUGUUGCAUUUGCAAGUGACCCUAAACGGGAACUGCAAUAAAUUUGAUCGAAUUCCAGGGCCAACUGAAGUAUUUGGUCUUGUAAUAGAGAAUCAAUUGUUUAGGGCAGUUCGAGAAAAUACAAAAGAAGUGCGUGAAAAGUAUUUAGCACAUCUUCUUGAAUUUGGAGAAGUUACAGAGAUUAAUAGUCUGAGUGAGAUGUUCCAUUUGCCAGAGGAAUAUCGAGAUAUUCCAGCGCAAGCAGUUCAAUGUGAACUGGUGUCGGUUAAUGGCAAUGCUGAAUGUGAUUUGCGAAUGGCAUUGUUAAAGUAUGAGUGUACUAAGGCCAGAUUCACUUUGGUUAGGAAGGAUGAAUCGAUAUUGUAUAUGAAUCUGGUUGAGAAUGAAGUGGGUCCGGUUGUACCACCUCGAGCUCCACCAUCAGAAACGAAUCCUUUUAAGAGUAAUGGUUAUGUUGAAGAAGGUGCCAGUAAUCAUAAUCCUAACAAGACGAAUGGGUAUUCACCAGAAGGGACUGUAGUUACACCAUUGAAUGGCUCUUCCUAUCACCAAGAAGCUAAUUCAUCAAAAAUACCAACUUUCAAGGAUACAGGUUAUCCCGAUGAAAGCGCUGUGGCCGAGACCAAUGGACUGACUGAAGCCGAGUUGGAAGAACUCUAUGAAGAACCAGUAGUUCAAACAACGAACGCCUUGAAAGCUGUUAUGGGUUACGUUCCAAAAGAUGAGUCUCGAAUUUGUAAAUUCUACAAUCCGGCAACUAAAAGUUGUUUCAAAGGCAGCAACUGUAAAAUGGAGCAUACUGAAAUCAUGAAAGACGGUUGGACCAAAGACACUGAAGCUGUUCUUAUUGAUGUUUGUGUUCCAAUGGCUUAUCCCAAGAAUGGUACUGUUUUGAGAGUUAUUCCAACUCAUAUCGUAGACGUUUGUACUUUCUAUGCCCAAAUGGAAUUUAGUGAACGCAACGAUAAUCCACUCUUCUGGGGUUCCCGAGAAAUUCCCGAUAAGACUAAACUCAAACGACCACCAUUCCAAUUUGAUAUGGUGUUGGCUCAAUUCACGGAUGGGAAUUGGUAUCGCGCUCAAGUGAUGGACGCCUUUGAGGAUAACACAUUCCGAGUGUUUUAUGUGGAUUAUGGAAAUGAAGAUAUUGUCCCAUUGACGUGUUUGGCUGAGUGGAAUAAGAAUCUAUCGAGUUAUUCAUUCCAAGCUUUCCGUUGUCGUAUAGUUGGAAUUGCAAAUGCAACUAGAAACAAAGUAGACGAAGACAAUGCUCUCAAGAUCAUCGGAGGGAUGAUUCUAGAUCAAUUUGUCUCUGUUCGAGUACUCCAUUCAACUGAUGAGAUGUUGGUUGAGUUUAUGGACAAGAAUUGUGCUAAAUUGCCUGAUAUCUUGAUAUGGCAACGAUUUGCCACUCAAGUUGAGAAAAUUUUAUAAGACUUUAAACAAGAAAAACUAUAAGAAAAAAAACACGAAAAAAAAACUUUCUGUAUUAUGUAUUUUUAUGUUGGCUUUAUUAUUUUUUUUAUAUAAAUUUUUUUGUUCUUUUUUUUUAA